AUGGAGGGCGUCAAAUACGAUGGACAAGAUAUCGAGCAGAUGUGGAGGGAAGCGUUGGUUGAAUUCCAUAAGCUCAGUGGCCACGAUCCUAAGAAGUUUUCCGAACUCAGCAUCGGCGACGUGAUCGGAAAGAUCAACCAGCAGAAGGAACUCGACGACAAGAGAGCUGCAAAAUAUGGCAAGGCAAAGGAAGUUCUGAAUAAGACCCUAACCUGCAUUCAGACACUAGGAAGUCUUGUAGCCCAAGGCGCGUCGAUGGUGUUUGGUCCGUCCGGUCUCUGUUUUAAUGCCGUUUCAUAUCUUAUUACUGUUGCCCAGAAUUACAGCAAGAUCUUUAGUGGAAUUGCCGAACUCUUCGAACGCAUCUCUCACUUCCUCGAGCGUUUCGAAGUCUACGUGAGGUCAAAGUCCUUGGGUGUCGAACUGGAUAUUCACCUAAGAAAAAUAAUUCACGAACUUCUCCGGAGUUUCAUGCGGAUCUGUGCUUUAUCGAUAAAGAUUUCGAGGGAAAAUAAAUUAUUGCUAGCUUUGGAGGUCUUCAGCUUCGGAAGCGACAAGGGCGUCCAGGCAGAACUCGAUGUUCUCGAGGCGCUUGUGAAACGUGAAACCGGAAUGGGCGUUGCCUUGACACUAGAAUCUGCGAAAAUUACAGAGGGAAAUGUCACCACUGGAUUUGCAGAAACAAAAGGAUCGUUGCAAAGCCUGAAUAGUAAGGUUGAUGGCGUGACUGGGCAACUUAGCCGGGUUUCGAAUUUUCUGGAGCAGCGGGAGUUUACCGAAAGAAUGAACGAAACCGACAGAGCGUCUACGCGGAAUAGUGAGAAAUAA